AUGCGGCCGCCACGCCUAAUCCCCGUCCUCUUCUGCCUAAUCUUCCUCCCCAUCUUCCUCACUUUCUUCUCGGCACUAUCGUCACCCCGUGUCACAACUCCCAAUACGUUCGCCGGUCGGACGUCUGGCCUCCAUGCUCUCUUCUCCUUCAAUGUCCCGUCCUCGCUCUUCCCCCCGUCCGCCAUCAUCAGUCUCACCGAUGACAACUCCACCUUCUUCUUGGCCCGACCUGCUGCGUUCGGCCCUUUACUGCCUGGGAAAGGUCUGAGUGGCCAGUUGUGGGUGGGUAGUGGCUUCAGCGAGGACAGUCUGGUUUCCGCGGAAGGGGAACUAGGCUGCUCCGAUAUCCCCGGCUGGGGCGAAGGCGCCAACCCCAAGAAGCAGGACGGAUCUUCCAGGGGCACCGAGCAGAGUUCCAGCAAGUCCGGUGGUGUCACGGCGAACGACCCAUCCGGUCCACAAAACCGUGCUCGGUCAUCGUCGCAGGGCGAUGCCACUCUGCAGAACAACAGAAAUGACGCCAUUGCUCACCCAUCGCUGAACGAUGGCACUGACGAUCAUUUGCACCAUCCACUACCAGAAUCUGGCGUUCCAGAUCCUAGAGUGACGGAGAAGUAUGGAGAUUACGUUCAAAGCCAACCAGCAGCGCACGCGGACAUCCAAUCCCUACAGGAGACGGCUGAGAUUCAGGGCAAAGUCGUGUUGCUGAGCCGAGGUGGUUGUGGGUUCCUGGAGAAGGCCAAGUGGGCCCAGCGGCGGGGAGGCAUUGCGCUGAUUGUCGGCGACGAUACACGCGGUGGAAACUUGGUCACCAUGUAUGCGCGAGGCGAUACGUCGAACGUGACCAUUCCAGCUCUGUUCACAUCUCACACGACCGCCCACCUCCUUUCGUCUCUCAUCCCAGGUCAUUCGGGCAGUGCCGCCAGCUUAGCUGACUCGUUGAAGUCAUCUCAAGCGAAGCUUGACAGUCAACCCAAUAACGGCAAGCAGCGGACGACGACUACGGCCACGUCCUCUAUGCCCAGCCCCACAUCGACUCGUCAUUCAACGGCUGAGGAGCGAGCUUCCUCUGCUGCCAUAUCGAACAGCGGAUUCUUCCGCACACUGGGUCAUUUCUUGGGGCUAUGCAGUGACCAUGGCGCGUCGCUCGAAGACAGUCGACGUCCACCCAGCAGCGGCAACAUUGACUGGAUGAUGCUCGGCUCAGGUAUCAAGGGCGGAGCCGCAGACAAGUCAAAAGGCUCAGUCGAUUCCAAUCGCAAUCGGCUCAAGUCAGAAGCCUCAUCAGCGGGCACUGGUCCGUCAUCCGACAAUAUUGACGGCGAUGGGUUCGUCAUAGGGGUCCAAGAUUGGAGAGACCCCGACUUGAUGCCGUCCCGGAGCAACACGCAGCUGAACCCCAGCAGUGCUGUGACUGGACCGGACAGCACCAAGACUUCCUCCGGGAAGGAUGCGAACAGCACACCAAACCUCCUGCAAGGCGGCAGCAUCACUCCGGGAAGUGGUGAAUAUCAAAGUAUUGACAAGUCCAGCGGCAAUACCCGUGAUUCGAGCGAGAAAGGCCCAAGAAAAGAAGUUCCUGCCGCCGACGGAGAGUCUAGAGGCAAGGGCUGGUUUUCUAAUCACUUCGGAUGGGGCGAGGAUGAGGGCCAUGAUCCUCAGCCAUCUCUCUCUCCGUCUCGUCAGUUCAGUCUCACGGUGGACCAGAAGACUCAGAAUAGCAUACAUUCCUUGAAUCGUCCGAGUGUUCAGGCCGUGGAACAUGAGGGCCUCUGGGUCACUUUGACCCCCACUAGCAUGUCGACAAGCCCUUUCUUCGAUACCCUCCUUGUGCUCGUCGUCAGUCCGCUGUUGACGUUGACGGUGGUUUAUGUCCUUCUGUUGCUCCGAUCGCGAAUUCGGCGCCGCAGGUGGCGCGCCCCGAAAUCGGUUGUCGAACGCCUCCCUGUUCGCACUUACCACACGAUCUCGAGGACGUCUUCAUCUGACAGCUCCCCACGACCAUCAAGCCCUGGCUCCGCUUCUGCAACAUCCCCUCUUCUGACUAGUUCCGCGGGUUCUCCUCGGCCACAGUCCCAAACGACUUUGGGGGCCAUGCUAAAUGGAUCCGACGUCCCCAGUCAGGAGAAAUUGGCGAGCGUGCAGAGUGGGUCGACACUAUGGCGCCGCAAGUACACGGGCAGGCAGAUUGAGUGUGUCGUGUGUUUGGAGGAAUAUGUCGAUGGACAGAGCAGAGUGAUGAGUUUACCGUGUGGCCAUGAGUUUCAUGCGGAGUGCAUCACCCCCUGGCUAACAACCCGCCGACGAACCUGCCCGAUCUGCAAAGGAGAUGUUGUUCGGUCUUUAACAAACGGUCACUCGGAUGAGUCUGGCGAUGGAACAGACCAAAACGACCACUUCGCCGAGCUGGAUUCCCGAAACGGCGCAUCCUCGGCUCCAGUUCUGAUUACAGGUGUUAUCGAAGACCAUGAUCCUGACACGGAGCAAAACGCAGGGGCCGAUGUAGGCCCUUUGGAUGGCCAUGCCGCGUCCGCGCCUCAGUCUAGCUGGAGAAACUUGGCCUCGUUCAGCUUCUCGGCGCUCAGUGGGGACACCAUCUGGCACCAGGCGCGUGCAGAUCGAAACCGCUAA